CUACCGACAGCCAAAGAGAGCUUCUCCGCCUUGCGGUCAACUUCUAAUCUGGAAAGAAAAAAAAAUUCAAUUUACAGCGGUCUUCUUUUAUUUAACUUUGUUCAUUUGUUCAACAUCCCUAUAACACUCAUUUUUGCGCACAACCCACAAAAAAGAAAGAAGAAGAGGAAGAGGAAGAGGAAAACAACACUCCAAAACAAAAGAUACGAACUAACGACGAACUAUACAAACCAAGGCGCGACGCGAGGCUAACAAUUUGAGCUGUGAAAAAGAAUACAAGACGUUUUGGUGCGGUAGCUUCAUUAUUCAACCAUGAAUGCCUCGUCGUCGCCGCCGCCAUCAUCGCCUGACAGCACAGACGAUGAGCCACCACUGUCGAGUCGAGAAAAACAUAUAUCACAAGCACCACAUUUCCGCAUUGAUCAUUCACCAUCACUACGUCCCAUCUCGAACUCUUCACCUACCACAACUUCACCAUCACCGCCUUCAUCACCGUCCACUAUUCCUACAACAACUUCCACUACAAGUACAACGCGCACUGUUGCCAACAUUACAACAACCACCAGCAUACCAUCCACACAAAAACCAUUUACACUACCACGAGCUUAUAGAAUUACACGAUACAGCCGCUACUUUAUAAUCCUAUCCAUACUCCUAUCUUUUAUAACUAUUUUUGUCAUGUUAGACUCAUUUUUGCAUCAUCAACGAGACGUCGAUGGAUGUCAGGACAGUUUCAUGCAGCCAGUAUAUCUUCGACAGUCCGGAUUUGAUAGCGAAAUGACUCGAUUUGCAAGUAAAUACGCGCUUUACUUGUAUCGAGAAAAAGAUGUUGAUCUUUCCGACCAGCCUACGGGAGUUCCAGUACUGUUUAUUCCUGGCCAUGCAGGGAGUCAUAAGCAAAUACGAUCCAUAGCCGCCGAAACAGCGUAUGCCUAUUAUCAGCAUUACGCCACACAUCCAGAAAUUCCAAAGCAAGGCGUCAGGAAUCUCGAUUUUUUUACGGUGGAUUUUCACGAAGAGUUUUCUGCGUUGCAUGGACAAUCUUUACUCGAGCAGGCCGAGUAUCUCAACGAUGCAAUCGACUAUAUCCUCAAACUCUACCCACGAUCCCGUAAAUCCCGACGCUAUCCUGACCCAACAUCUGUUCUGAUCAUCGGCCAUUCCAUGGGUGGUGUUGUUGCACGCAGCAUGUUUAUGAUCAACAAUUACCAGCCAGGAUCCAUCAACACCAUCAUCACGCUAUCGACGCCGCACAUUUUACCGCCUGCACCGUUUGAUUGGAAAAUAUCCAAGAUUUACGACGACAUGCAUCGGUAUUGGGUCAACGGGUACAACACGCAUUCUCACGAUCUAUCGGCAACGACAAAGACAGCGACGGACUAUCACCACUGGGCCUCACUCAAGGACGUGAUGCUCAUUUCGAUUGCCGGUGGCACGUUGGACAAUAUUGUGUGCUCCGACUCGGCCAACGUCGGUGCAUUUAUACCGGCAUCCAAUGGAUUCACAGUGUUCACAACCGCGGUUCCCCAAGUGUGGACGGGUACGGAUCAUUUAUCCAUCUAUUCGUGCAAACAGUUGGUGCGAGUCUUGGCAAAAAGCAUGCUGGAUAUUGUCGACACCCGACGUGCAACCCAGACCAAGUCACUAGAAGAUCGCAUGGCUGUCAUGAAAAAGGCGUUUCUUAGUGGAUUGGAAGACAGAACGCAGGGUUUAUCCCUAGGUCGCCCAAAUCACAGCCAGAUGUCCGACCGCGAUCUGCGAUCAUUAAAGAUCGGGGAGCGACUGGUAAUUAUAGACGACGACGGCGACAACACCGCCGCCCCUGUACGACUCUCAUUAUUGCCAAGAUCGACAGAUGCCACGGCAUUCUCCGUCUUGACCGAUCAACCUAUCGGUGUUGACGGGUCCCGAUUUUCCUUGGUCUUUUGCAACAUGAUGGACCGGGUUUCAACAAGUGACAACACGCGACUCGUGUGUCAACCUGCAGAUGAAGCCGCUGUGCUUGUACCUGCAUCUACCGAGCGUGACAACCAUCCAUUCUCGGGUCGCACCUUUUCAUUUGCCAGCGUUCGAUAUGAUGAAAUGAAGCAAUACCAAUGGUUUGGUGUGAUGGAUGACGGCGUAGGCAGUAGUAGUAGCAGUGGUAGCAGUGGUGGAUUUUUAAUAGCAGAGUCAUUCAAUCCUGAGGAGGGCAAACACAAGUACACAAUCGACACAUCGAUGCUAUCCAUUGCCAUGAAAGGCGUUCACGUCAAUGUCAAACCAGCGCUGUUCUCAUCCAUCCACAUCCCAUCGAUCGAAAGCCCGAUGCUUGCGUACCAUCUCAAAGUGUCACGACGUGGCUGUAGCAACAUAUUCGCGCCUUUUCUUCGACAGUCCAUAUCGACCAUGCACGAAUCCAAAUUCUAUGUCAAUCUAGCGAAUAGCCAAGAUGAGACAGAUGUUUCGUUACACGGACGCACCGCAUUUUCGUCCAUGGCAAUCAGCACACGCGACGUCGAUCAUCGAGGACUGUCAUUACAAGUUUGGAUGGACCCAACAUGUGGUGACGAGCCGCUUAAAAUUGACCUUGCGAUCGAUUGGUAUGGCAGUGCAGGACGGAUAGGUUUCCGCAAUGGGAUAAUGCUGCUGGCAUAUGCAUUCAUUAUCGUGAUGUUUGUUAUUGCGGGACAGAUCUAUUGCUACAACAAGACAGGAAUAUUUCCGCAUUUCGGACAAGGGCUUAGUUUUUGCAUCCGACGCACGUUACCUGUCAUUAUACCCAUUGUAGCACUCUGCAGCAUCUAUCAGUGCACGACACAGCACCAUCUACCUGCAUACACCACUGUUUUGAACGACCUGGAUGUAUCGAUUGCUUGGCAUGACCUGCUUAUUGGAAACUCAGAUCCGUUCUUCUGGUGGCUGCCCAUUGUUGGCCUGCUGCUGAGUCUUGGCGCCAUCUCGUUUGUGUGGUUGGUUGUGGAGUUGCUGCUGCAUUUUUGUGCCAGCAUUUCCUCGUUUCUCAUUGGUCAGCGGUCCACCUUUGCCACUACUACUACUACCUGGCGUUGGUGUAACCGAGCGAAUGAAACGAGGAGUCAGAAAUUUCAACGAAGAGCCAUCACCACAUUGGUGCUUUUUGUAAUGGUGGCAACAUGUAUCCCGUAUCAGUUUGUCUUUGUCGUGGCAGUCUUGGUGCAUAUCAUUAGUUGUAUCAGGUCAUUGAUACGGACAUGGGCUGCGCCGUUGCAAGGUUACAAACGAGCCAAUCGCUACCAUUACAUGCAAUCGCUUCUACUGCUGAUGAUUACGCUGCUUCCAUUCAAUUUGCCUAUUCUGGUUGUGUGGAUACGUAAUUUAUCAGUUCAUUGGUUCGUUCCGUUUUCAUCCGACCACAAUGUGUUUGCGAUUGCACCGUUCAUUCUGUACGUCGAGCUGCUGACAGGAAGUCGUAAGAUGCUUCCUCGGACCCAGGGGCCUUGGCAUUGGGGAACGUGCAUUCUGAUCUACGGUGUGGUUGCAUAUACGUUCCUGUACGGGAUCAAGUACACCCACUCGAUUUACUUUCUGUCGAAUCAUAUGAUGGCUUGGUUUCUGCUGCUCCACGCUCGAGAUUCGCAUUAUGGACGAAUGACGUAUCGUUACGUAGCGGACCAUGUGUAUCCUUUCCGCAGCAAAAAGCAUUCUUGACACAUAUAAUUACUCAUCACAUACCACCUUCAUCCACUCCCUGCGUGUAUAUCUUCACUCACUCUCCGCAACCCAUCUCACUCAUUUACACACACACACACACACUUUUUAUAUUUAACUAUUUAAUACUUCAUUUUGUACUUAUUCGUCUGUAGUUAUUGUUUUUUGCGUUUUGUAGUUUCUUGUUAGAGGACAACGAGUAAAAACAUCUUUCUUUCUCAAAACAACACCAUGUCUUGCCAAAACAAAAAAGGGCUGUGUCAUGAUCCAUUAGUCAGACUAUGUGACCCUAUCCUCGAUGGACUGAACAACACCUGCAUCCACACACACACACACACCCCACCCCCUCCCCCCCAACCCAAAGGUGCUGCGUAAAAACGCAAAAGGAGUAUUGCGAAAUGGUUAGGACAUGUGAUAGCAAAAGGGCCACGGCCCAUUAAAUAAAAAGUUGCUAACAAACAAAGGC